AUGUCGUCUGGAAUCUUGAAAGUUAAGGAGACACAGGUGGUCGACGGCAAUGGCACGCCUGUCAUACUACGGGGCGCUGCAAUAGGAGGAUGGCUCAAUAUGGAGAACUUCAUCACGGGCUACCCGGGCCACGAGUCCAGCAUUCGUGCUGCCAUGCUCAAGGUCAUGGGACAGGAGAACUACGAAUACUUCUUCGACCGAUGGCUGUACUACUUCUUCACGGAGGCCGAUGCCAAAUUCUUCAAGUCGCUGGGUUUGAACUGCAUCCGCAUUCCGUUCAACUACCGGCACUUCGAAGACGACAUGAAUCCUCGCGUGCUCAAGGAGAGCGGUUUCAAGCACCUGGACCGCGUGAUCGAUCUCUGCGCCAAAGAAGGCAUCUACACCAUCCUCGACAUGCACACCGUCCCCGGCGGCCAGAGUCCGGGCUGGCACGCCGACAACACCACCGCCUACGCCGCGUUCUGGGACUACAAAGACCACCAAGACCGGACGGUCUGGCUCUGGGAGCAGCUCGCGCGGCGAUACAAAGACAACCCGUGGAUCGCCGGGUACAACCCCAUCAACGAACCCUGCGACCCGCAGCAUGUCCGCCUCCCGGCCUUCUACGCCCGUCUAGAAAAGGCCAUCCGCGCGAUCGACCCAGACCACAUCCUCUGGCUGGACGGCAACACCUUCGCCGCCGAGUGGAAAGGCUUCGACGCCGUCCUGCCGAAUUCCGUCUACGCCCUGCACGACUACAGCAUGAUGGGUUUUCCCACGGGCCGCCCUUAUAAGGGGACCGCCGAGCAAAAGGAGAGGCUCGAGGCGCAGUUCCUGCGGAAAUCCGAGUUCCAACGCGCGAGGAAGACGGCGAUAUGGAACGGCGAGUUUGGCCCGGUGUACGCGAAUCCGAAAUGGGACGAGAACGCCGAGGCGAUCAACCAGGACCGGUACGAGUUGCUCGGCGAGCAACUGCGCAUCUACGACCGCUUCCAGAUCCCUUGGUCGAUAUGGCUGUUCAAGGACGUCGGGCUGCAGGGCAUGGUGUACACCUCGCCCGACUCGGCGUGGAACAGGCUCAUCGAGCCGAUUCUUGAGAAGAAGAAACGCCUCCAACUCGACGCGUGGGGCAAGUACCCUUCCAAAGAGGUCGAGGAUGUCAUGAACCCCCUGAUCCAGUGGAUCGAUGAGGUCUCCCCAACCGCGAAGAACGUGUACCCGUCGACGUGGAACACGGCACGCCAUGUUGAACGCGCCGUCCUGCAGACCUUCCUCGCCGAGACGUUCUGCGAGGAGUUCGCAGAGCUGUUCCGAGGAAAGGGUGAGGCCGAGCUGGAGGAAUUGGCCAAGAGCUUCAGCUUCGAGAACUGUGUCCAACGCCAGGGGCUGAAUAAGAUCAUGUCCGAUUACGCUUCGAUAGCCUCGAAGUCGUAG